AUGGCAUGUUAUCUCUUUUCAGUGCAAAAUCUUGAUUCGGUGAGGAUUUGCCAAGUUUCCUAUAUCGGUGUGGUGUUGGCCCUGCUGUGUCUUGCUUUGACUCUAUAUCUUCGUCGCCACGUUCCAGCGACAGAUCUGACUCCCCCUGGACCAUCAAAGUUACCAAUACUCGGUAAUAUCCAUCAGAUCCCAAAGAAAAAUAUAUGGAAGGUUUAUCAAAGUUGGCAUCAAAGCUUCGGGCCGCUCAUCUACACGCAAUUUGGACAGCUGGCAGUGAUAAGCAUCGGAUCCUUCAAGGUGGCCAAGGAUCUUCUCAACAAAAGAAGUAGUAUAUACAGCUCACGACCUCAGUUUUCCGCUGCAAAUCGCAUCAACCAAGGGCUCCACACAGCCUUACUUCCAUAUGGUGAUCGUCUACGUGUACACCAAGCUCUACUUACAGCCGUUCUUUGUCCCCGAAUAGUGCAAGACUAUCAGUACUUGCAGGACAUUGAAAGCUGUCAGCUUUUACAUGAGCUCCUUUGCCCUUCCCCCAGCAAAGUUGGGUUCCAAGCUCUGGCUCACAGAUACACAUACAGUGUCACGCUUACAUUGGCAUAUGGAAGACGCCUCGCUACCUCAAGUGAGGACUUGAUCCGGCGAAUCAACCAUUUAGGGACCAGUGUUGCUGAAAACAUCCACAAGCCUACAUCAUUGAUGGUGGAUGUAAUUCCCGCGCUGAAAUGGCUGCCUAGAAUGCUAGCAACGUGGAGAGUGGAGGGAGAUCACUUAUUUGCUGAAUCUCUUGAACUUUUUGAAGAACUUCUACACUAUGGAAUUUUGCAACGCUCGUGGAACUGGGCAAAGGCCACCACGCGAUUGAACGACGAGCGUCGUUACCACCUUUCACGGCGAGAGCUUGCCUUCAUGCUUGGAUCACUGCUAGAGGCUAGCGAUACAACCGAUAAAGUGCUUGAGUUCUUCGUAAUGGCAUGUGUGCUCCACAAGCAAGCGGUGCAUUGUGCACAGAAAGAGCUCGAAAGCGUGGUUGGCCCUAAUAGACUUCCAAACUUCGAUGAUGCGCCUAGUCUCCCGUACGUAAAUGCCUUUGUUCAGGAAGUCAUGCGUUGGCGGCCCAUUACUCCGCUUGGAAUGCCGCAUGCUGUCGUGCAAGAUGACGAGUAUCACGGCUAUCACAUUCCAAAAGGCGCAAUGGUUCUCCCGAAUAACUGGAGCAUGAACUUUGAUCCAGAAGUCUACGACCAGCCGGAGGAUUUCCGCCCAGAGAGAUGGCUGCAAGAUGCCAAUCUUCCACUGAAUGCUUUUGGUUUCGGCAAGCGAAUUUGUCCAGGCCAGCAUCUUGGGCGCCGCUCACUUUUCAUCGUGGCUAGUCGUAUUCUUUGGGCUUUUGAUAUUUCGGAAGCAGUUGGCGCGGAUGGUAACAUACGCGAUAUCGACCCGUCAGAUCUUCUUCAAAGUGCUUUGACGGGACCAGCUUCUUUGGAGGCGUCGUUCAUCGUUCGCUCACCUGAUCGCAAGAGGAUUAUUGAGGAUGCCUUUCAUUCUGUCGAUUUUGAUGUUCAUUCAACCAUGCGCCGUGUCAGCCUUGAAAGAGUGUAA